ACUAUCCAUGCAUUAAUUAUAAUUCUUCAACAUCAUCACUGUUUUUUAUUCCAUUGAAGAGAACAUUUUACAUUGAAAUUUUCAUCUCCUAUUUCUAAAAUUCUAAUGGAGUUGGGAAGCAUAAUGCAAUUUCUUGAGGGCAAAACAGUUUUAGUCACCGGUGCUACAGGCUUCCUUGCAAAAAUUUUUGUAGAAAAAAUAUUGAGGGUUCAACCUAAUGUGAAGAAGCUUUUUCUUCUUCUAAGAGCUAAGGAUUCUGAAUCUGCUAUUCAACGUUUUCGCACAGAGAUCAUAGGGAAGGACUUGUUUAAAUUGCUGAAGGAAAAUCAAGGUGCAAAAUUCAACUCUUUUGUCUUUGAAAAGAUGACUCUGGUGCCCGGAGACAUUUCUCAAGAAGGCUUAAAUUUAAAGGACUCCAUAUUAGAGGAGGAGAUUUGCCAUCAAACAGAUGUUAUAGUUAAUUUGGCUGCAACAACUAAAUUUGAUGAAAGAUAUGAUGUUGCAUUGGGUAUAAAUACAUUAGGAGUCAAGUAUGUCUUGAACUUCGCAAAAAAAUGUGUUAAACUAAGGGUGCUAGUUCAUGUUUCAACAGCUUAUGUGUGUGGCGAGAGAGGAGGACUCAUAUUAGAAGAUCCACAUCGCUUUGGAGUGUCACUAAAUGGAGUUCCUGGACUAGACAUUGAUAUGGAAAAGAUAUUGGUGGAAGAGAGAUUAAAUCAACUUCAAGCAGAGGGGACAACAGAACAAGACAUUGAAGUAGAAAUGAAGGACUUGGGUAUGAAAAGAGCAACUGAAUAUGGAUGGCCAAACACAUAUGUAUUUACAAAAGCAAUGGGAGAAAUGCUUGUAGAAACUUCCAAAGAAAACAUGUCUGUUGUUGUUAUUCGUCCCACCAUUGUUACUAGCACUUAUAGAGAACCUUUUCCUGGUUGGGUUGAAGGCUUAAGAACCAUAGACAGUGUAGUUGUUGCUUAUGGUAAAGGAAAAUUAACAAGCUUCAUGGCGGAUCUCGAUGCAGUUGUUGAUGUGAUACCAGCAGACAUGGUGGUGAAUGCAAUUAUAGUAGCCAUGGUGGCUCAUGCAAAUCAACCUAGCGAUGAUCAUAUCAUAUAUCAUGUUGGUUCCUCCGUUAGAAAUCCAAUAACAUACCGUGAUUUUAGAGAAUAUAACUUUAAAUAUUUCACGGAAAAACCAUGGAUAAACAAGGAUGGAAAACCGGUUAAGGUCGAUAGAGUUACUGUGUUUAGCAACUUGGCUAGCUUUCGCAGAUAUAUGUUCAUACGUUACUUGCUUCCUUUAAAGGGACUAGAGGUGGCAAAUACAAUUUUAUGCCAAUAUUUUCAGGGAAUAUACCUUGACUUUAACAGAAAAAUUACUAUUGUUAUGCGGUUGGUUGAUCUUUACCUUCCUUACUUAUUCUUCAAUGGAAUAUUUGACGAUAUGAAUACAGAAAAGUUGUUAUUAACCGCAAAACAAGAAGGUGCAGAAAUGAAUUUGUUUUACUUUGACCCCAUAAUUAUUGACUGGGAAGAUUACUUCAUGAAUAUUCACAUUCCUGGUAUCUUCAAGUACGCAUUAAAGUGAUGUUGUGUGAGAUCAUGGAGUAUUUUUCAUCCAAUUGGCAAUUGUUGCUUUAAAUAUGUCUUAUAUCAAUUAAGCUUAUAUUUUUCUUGUAUUCAAGUUAAACUUGUGCUGGUCAUACUAUACGUUGAUUUGUAACAAAUUAUUAAUUUUUAUAAUUAUUGAUCAUAUGUAGUAUGUCAAAUGUUUUGUUUA